GCCAAGGCUGUAGAAGUAGUUUCUGAUAAAACUGAGGGGGUGAUUCGAAGAUAGAAAUGGGAGAAUUUGUAGCAAAUUUGGUGAUCUGGAUUGGCCAAGGAAGACAGAAGACACCUGCAACCUAAUUGAAUUAUUCGGGGUAAGACAGGCUAUAUGGUAGUUUGUAACAAAAUAACCCCUGAACCCUUCUCUGUCUUCUCUGCACUGAAAAUGUAUACCUGUGCAAAGUUUGUCUCCACCCCCUUCUUCGUCAGGAGCACCGUGCUAAAAUCACCAGAGACACUGACCGAUGAGAGCCUCAUCAGCCUGGCAGACCCAAAUCUCCUGACCUCGCUUAUUCCCAGCCAUAGCUUCUCAACCAGCACCAUUUUAAACGACAUGGACAUAGCAGCCAAGUUCACUGGGGCUGGGGCUUCCAAGGUAGGGGUGGCUGGCUCUGGGGCUAGAAUUGGGACUAUUUUGGGGAGCCUCAUCAUUGGUUAUGCCAGGAUCCCCUCUCUGAAGCUAAAGCUCUUCUCCUAUGCCAUUCUGGGUUUUGCCCUCUUGGAGACAAUGGGGCUCUUUUGCCCGAUGGUGGUCUUUCUCAUCCUUUUUGUCAUUGACAGAGUCAUCUCCACCUCUCUGGGUCUUUCUCCAAUGUCUCGUCUGCCCCGUAUGUUCCCAGGCAGCCUGGGGAAAGUGAUUGGCUCAGGGUUUGAAGAAGGAAGACAAAUAAACACUGUAUUAAUAAGGGGGGAAAUGACCCCAGAAAACUUAGGAGCUUAAUAUAUAAUAGUUGAUUUCUUGGCCAUCCAAGUAAUAUAUAAUUUGAUAGCUCU